CGAUCAUUUUGGUCAAUUGGAAAGUUUAGCCUUUCUGAGUGAUCAUUUCGUAAAUUUUUUUAUCCAUUCAAUCAAAAACAGGGUAGGCCUAAAUCAGAAACGACUAUAAAAGACGUACAGAAACGACAUACUUUCCUCGUGCAACGCAUGCGUUCUCUUUAGCCUAGACCGGAUAAUUAUCAUCACAAAUAUUACAGAGUUACAUAGAUAAUUUUGUCCAUAAAGAUCAUAAUUCCAAACUCUUUUGUUCUCUCAAGAUUGUCGUAAAUGUCGAAAAUGUCCGCGUGAAUUCUAUAGGAUCGAAGGUUUUGAACUUCAAAACAAGCAAAAUAAAACAUAAUUAAAUCAUUUAUUCACAAAUUCCAUUGUACCCGUCUGAGUACGAUUCUGCUAACUUGUUUACUCCAUUUAAGGGUAACCCAUCAUUCAACUAAAUUCAUUAAUUCAUCAGGAAAUUUAAGUUUCUCCGCGCACCUGGAUUUUAUCCUUUUUCUCAUUUGGGUAGUCAUGUAGCUACCCUAAUGCUAUUAAGCAUGCUGGAUGGAGUAGAGGGAUUCUGAACUCAUGAUUUCAACGGAAGGAUCGUGUACUGAUUAGUUAGCCUGAUUGAGCAACUAACUCCAGGUUUGAAGGGGAUGGGGGCUAAGACUAUGUUAGGCGUUUAUUGGUGGGUGGUGGUGAUUUUGAUGGUGCAGUUCUCAUUGGGUGCUAGUCUGUGUGGGUUUGAGGUUCAGCAUCAAAACAAGCUCUAUAAGUUCAGGUUGACAUCACCAUUAAAGAAUUAUCCUCAUGGAGUGUUAAGCGAAGAUGGGUUUUAUAAAAUUUCUCAAAAUAAUUCAGAAUCAGGCAGUGAAACUAAAAUUUGGUUCCAGCUUUGUGAGCAAAUGGUCUUCAACCAUGAUCCACCUAAGUGUAUAAGCUGUCAGACAUGUGGAGGACCAUUGCACUGUGGGCUAACUUGUAGUGCUCUCAUAGUAAAGAAUGUUGCAGGUUAUCAUAUUUGUGAUACUCUUGGUUAUGCAACAAACUCAAACGUUUCUCUUAUAGAUCCAAAGAGUCCUGGGAAAGGUGUAAAACUGAAUAUGUCUGCAAGCAAUGCCGAUGGAGAUUGCUCACUUUCUAUUUCAGUUCAGUGCAAUGCAAAUGGAGUUCAGGCCCCAACAUCGAUGAGCAAAUCUGGGAAAUGCAAUUAUAUUACAACAAUGAUGCAUCCUGCUGGUUGCCCGGUUGUCACACAUAUAGGAAAUAACGGUUUUGGCUGGAUUGGCACUCUUUUGAUAUUACUUGUUUGCAUCUUUGCUUCAUAUUUACUGAUUGGUAUGGUAUAUCGUUUUUUUGUUCUUGGGAUCCAUGGAAAAGAGGUUUUUCCAAAUUUGGAUAUGUGGCUCAGUAUACCCAGAAGAUUUCAGACUGGUCUGGAGUAUACUUCAAGCAGGGUGGUAGGUGCUUUUUAUCGAAUCAGAUAUGGUUCCUAUACUCGAGUUUGAUGAUCCUCACAUUUUUGGAGUUUUACAACCUUUCACUCUUGGCCUGGCUGGCCUGAGAUUUUUAGAACGAUUCAUCAAAUAUCAGAGUCAUCAGAGAGAUAAAUCUUGCGGAAUACUAGCAUUCUUUGGCCAGUAAGGCCUAUUUUGAUCGUUAUCACUGUAACAACGGAACCCAUUGUAUUUUUGAAUAUUUGCAUUGAGGUGUUUAUAAGUUCACAAGAGUUUUUCAAUAAUGCAUAUUCUUUGAAAUAAAUUUGAAAAUGCAAAUUUGUGUUAUCAUCUAAGAUAUUUUUUCUUUUA